AUGAUAGAGGGAAGCUUGAUUUUCAAAGCUUUCUUUCACGAAGACGACACAGAACCUAUCUUUAUGGAAACCGUCGCUUUAUCUGGCGAAACAUAUGACGUUGCUGUUGACAUUAAUUAUGCAAAUCCAAUUGACUUGAAGAUCGUAAAAGUUGGCACUUCUACGAGCGCUAAUUUUACAAUAAGCAAUCGAGGAAAUCAUGAAGUUAAAUACACCAUACUUCUGGAGGAACAAAAUAAACUAGCCAAAAUCGCGCCAAAUUUGCCAGUAAGAUUAAACGACGAUAUAGAAAUUAGUCCUGUCUCCGGUUCCAUUCAACCAAGAAAAGAGACUGUUGUACAAGUAACUUUCAUACCAAAGAAUGAAAUUAUUCUAAAGGAAUGUCCGUUGCUGCGAUGUCAUCUUCUCGAUAUGAAUAAACAAGCAACUGUGAUUGCGGAAUUUCCUCUCACAGUUUCCCUAACUGCAUAUUAUACCAGGUUUCGCGUUUAUCCCUGCAAUGAGAUAAAUUUUACCUCGCUUGGCAUAUGCACGAAGAAAACACUGUAUCUUAAUGUAGAAAAUAUUGGACAAUUCCCCCUUCACUACUCUAUUAAAACAGCGCCUGUCAAACAUCCGUCUGUUACUUACAUGACAGAAAUUAAGACAGAAAACGUAAUAAAAAAGGAUCAUGAUAAAUCGACAGGUAGGUCAUCGAGGAGAGAUAAAUCGAAAAUGCAAGAAUUUAUUACGACUACGUUAAAAAUUGGCCCUUUUACUGUGUCAAAAACCGAGGGAAGCCUUCAAAUCGGGGAGAUUGACACCAUAGCGAUCGAAUGUUAUCCCGAAUUCGUGGGCUCUCAAGAAGAAGAUAUAAUAAUUCUCGUGCCCGAUAGCGUCCCUGAAGACAGAAAUGGCAAACUAAUAAAAUUGUCUGUUAAUUCCUGCGUACCCAGCGUCGAUCUACAAGAUCUCGACGCUAUAUUCCAUGAAAAUCAUAUAGUGAAUUACAUUGAAGACUUUACUUGUCCAAAAGAAAUCAGUGCACAUACCGUGUUCGCCCGUCAAGAAAAAUGCCUGUAUUUCCGUUAUGUGACCGUGUUUCACACUCAUACGACGAAUCUUGUGCUUUACAAUCGUAACGUUAUACCCGCCGACGUGGAACUGACCCUAUUCGCAGACUCAUUCAUACCGAAAACUAUGAGACCUGACACUUUCAUUCUGACACCCGAAAGAGAACGCAUUCCGCCGAUGAGUCACAAGAGAUUCGCGAUUUCAUUCAAUCCGUCGCUUUUAGAGGCAUAUUAUGCAGUCUUCGAAAUAGCAGUCGAACUUCCCUUGCAUUUGAAGGAUGAAAAGUUUUUCAUUAAAUUAAUCGGACAAGCUUGCGUACCAGAAGUGACAAUCAUUGAACCACCAAGUGGAAAACGAGAACGGGGUGUUUUAAACUUUGGCCGUACGCUCGUAGAUGAUUGUAAUGGAAGAAAAUUCGCUUUUAAAAACACUGGUGUAAUAUCAGCUAAAGUGAUUGUGGAGAUUUACGAGGAUCCAAAUUUUCUUUUCACUCUCAACAUUUCCGAGAGUACAAGAAACUUGUCAAGCGCAUCAAACGGUCGAUGUGUCAUAGCUUGUUUAACACCCGAAGAAAUAGUUUCGUUUGAAAUAAAAUUUACUCCGCGAGAGAUCGGCAAAUACGCAAGUCAAGUGCGGCUAUUUAUCGCUGAUAAUCCCUACGAGAAUCUAAUAAUUGAUUUGAAGGGCGAAGCGUAUGCGGAAUUAAUUGUGUUGGAUGGAUUAGAGCUCAUUAAUACAAAGUUUAAUUCUGCCAACGAACGGCGGGAAUUUAAUACCAAAUUGCGAAGAUUGUCAAAGGCAAAUAGUACAACAGGAGCUUCAACACCGACAACCCUCCCGAUUUCGUUGAUCUAUAAGCUGGAUUACGGAUACUGCUUUAUCAAUAAAAUAUACAGAAAGAGCUUCAAAAUUGUCAAUAAAUCAAUGAAUCAGUAUUUACGUUUCCAAUGGGGCGCACACCCCAACGUUGUAUUUACUCCGUCUAUCGGUCAUCUCAAAUCUCUGACUUGCAAGGAAAUCGUUGCGACAUUCCUUUCUUCGGGGCCAGUGACUUACGUCGACACUUGUCUCGAGUGUACGGUCUGUACAAUUGAGCUCGCCGAUCCGUCAAAAGAAUCCUGGGACGAUCGAGAGGCAGAAGUGCGGUGGGUGGCAAUAAAUUCUCACGCUGGGGAGCAAAAGGCAAAUGCGGAAAUGGCCAAGAAAACAGUCGAGCCCGUUAACGAGCCGAGCCACGAAAUCAUGCCUGGUACGAUCAAGUGCAUCCAAGUGUUGCUUAACGCCACCGUGGCAUUCUCCAAAUAUUCUUGCCCCGUUAAGCAGAUCAAUUUCAAGGAUACGCUAAUGUUCCAGGUUAUAUACACAUUACAAUUACUCAUUUUACUUAAACGAAAUACGAUAAAACUAGCAAUUCCCUGUCGACAGACGAGCGGACACGCGGUCGCUUUUUCAAAUACCGGCCAAGUCGACAUCGAAUACGCGUGGCGGAUAAACAUGGACGAGCAGUACCCGGUGAGAUCGGUCGCGAAUUAUUUGCGCGCCACGUCAAGAUCGCGUAGGGACGAUGCUCGAUCUAAAACUGCCUCAUUAACGUCUUACGUGCACAGUCAGCGACACAAUCCGAGCCCCGACGGAAGCGUAGAGUCGGGUCAUCGACAACUCCUAUCGUCUCGAGGCAAUUUUAUCGAGGUGAAACCAAUUGCUCGCCACCGCGGUGCAUCUGAUCUCUUCAGCAGCAGCGCCGGACUGACGGAAAGAAGUAGCGACAGCUGGUUAGAGAGCGACGAUCUACCAUUUGGAAUUCACCCAGAGAAAGGAAUCUUAUCGCCGGGCGAAUCCGUGGAAUGCGUCUUACGAUUCUCCCCCGUGGAUGCGUUCGACUACAAGGCGUACCUUGCGUGCAAAAUGGAGAAUCUCGAUCCGGAGCUGCCAGAAUUGGUUAUUCCCAUCGUGGGAAGAAGUUUGUUGCCGUACUGCCACUUCGACUUGCCGGAAAGCGACUAUCUGCUCGGCGAUAGACGUGACGCCAAACUGCCAGGACCUAUCGGUUGCCAACCGGAUGAUAAUUCUCUUCCAGAGGGCACGAGAGUAAUCGAGCUCGACGUGAUCGGAAUCGGCGGGUCUCACGUCAGAAAGUUCCGAAUGAUCAAUCCAACUUCGGACGACUAUCAUUUCGCUUGGGAGGAUCGAACCCGUCACAUCGUAGGCGAGAUUCCGAAAUUUCAAUGUACAUUUCCGGAGGGGGUCGCUGAGCGAGGCAAACAAGUCGACUUCGCGUUUACGUUCCUCGCGGAGGACACCGGCACUUUCGAAUCCUUCUGGUUGUUCCGUGUCGAGAAAUACAAUCUGAAGUGUUCCUUUCUGCUCGUCGCGACAGUCAGAGAACCGUCGGUGUGCUGUUCGCUUGCCCAUUUAAAGAUGAGACCAACUGUAUUGGGUGUCAGUGUGCGAGAAUCGGUAAGCGUGACAAACAACGAGGAAUUUCAGCUUCCCUUUCGGAUCGCGCGGGACUCUUUAUACUCCGAAGGACGCCUUCAGUAUUUGAAGAUAGCGCCUAUGAGUGGCACUUUGCCAGCGAAAGGCGAACAGAUAGUUUGGAUCGAGUAUCAGCCUACGCUCGUUGGCGAAUUUCAAUUUUCUGUAAAGUACGUUGUAAAAAGAAUGAAGGCACCGUUGACUAUAUUUGUUACGACAACGACGUACGAUAUCGUUGUUUCGGUUACGUACGUCGAUCUGAACGGCCAGACGGUGCUGCUGAAUCAAAGUGAAGAAAAUAUCAUUGAUUGUGGAAAACUGAUGUUAAAAGCGCCCGUUGCUGUCACGUUUGAAAUAAUAAACUCGAGCAAGGUGACGCUUUAUUAUUCUUGGGACCUCGGCAUGACGUCGGACAUAAUCAGCAGAAAUGUAUACACCAUUGCAAUGUCUCAAACGCAGGAUCGUGUGCUUAGCGAAUCGCGCUCCAACUGUUCUCUCGUUGUCACGGCAUUGCAAAAGACGGUGAUAAAGAAUCAUCCCGUCCUCUUGAAGAUUUCCAGAGGACCGACCUACCGACUAAUCUUGAAAGCAGCAGCGAAUAAACCGAUUUUGCAGUUCAGUUUUAAUUAUUACGACUUUGGACCCUGCUACAUUCGAGACGUCACCGCGGCUCCGUAUCACAUCGACUUACGGGUCACAAAUUUAGACGAUGUUCCAUACAUAUUAGAAUGCAAAUUCGAGAAGAAACCACACAUCUCUGUGAAUCUGGAUGCUCUUACAGAGACAAUAAUCCCUCGGUCAAGUAUUAUCGUUCCGAUAACAUUUCGACCUCGGGAACAGGUGCAUUAUCGUGAUGAUUUGCAUUUUCUAAUCAAUUCCACGGUCGAAAAGAAGAUUACUAUAACCGGCGAAGGAAUUAUAUACAAGAUUCGUUUAGUAAAUCCGCGCGACAAGUCAGUGGAUCUUGGUAAUUUACCAAUUAAUAAAAUGAUGAGCAAAAAAGUGCCAGUGAUCAACGACGGGCGUGCGGCGCUCGAGUUAAAGUUCGACCUCAUAAAGAAUCUACCUGGGUACGAGCGAUUUCGCGAACGAAUUCAUAUUUGUCCGGAGAAGAUCGACCAGGAGAACUCGAAAAGGGAUCACCCUCGAGCAUCGAUUUCUGAAACAAAGCGUUCGCACACGCUUGACGUGUCUCUUCAGACCGCCGAACCGGAUCUGUCCGAGGUUCUGGAGAUCGAGCCGACAGAAUCGAUCGUACUUCAGCCAGGGCAGAUCGCGAACAUUAUCGUAAGAUACAAAUCUACGCGCAGGAUGCGUCCCUUCGUCGCUAAAGUGGCUCUCCAAACCAAUUCCAUGAUCCAGCCGUUAUUUAUCCUGCGCGGAAGCUGCAUAGGCGCAGAGUUCCGUUUGAGCAGGACCUACCUCCCUUUCGGUAUAGUCGUUCAAGGUUGCCUCCGAGAGACGAAGACAGUGCUCUUCAACACGGGAGAUAUUGGUGCCAGAUUCAAGUGGAACGUAUCGAAAUUGCCCGGAGAUUUUAGCAUCGCUCCUGCAGCUGGCUAUUGCUCUCCUGGCAUGGACGUCAGCUUUGUUGUCGGUUUCCGACCUACUCGGCAUGACAGUUUGAUCGAGGGCGAGGCGACGCUUGAAAUUGAAAAAGAUGGAAAUCUCGGCGUAAGAAUUACCGGAGCUAGCUGCAAGCUACCCGACCCGGUUGACACUCUGUUCUUCUCGUGUCGCGUCCGUGAGAAAGUAACGAGGCCUCUAAAUGUCGAAAACGACACCGCGGCUCCUUGGAAAUUGAAACCGGAGAUCACCGGCGACUAUUUCUUCGUUGACGAAGUCUUGCACGUUCCUUCGAAAAAAUCUACCGCCUGCACAGUCGCCUAUGCCCCUCUAGUCACGAACAGCGAGAGCAAUCCUCACGAGGGUACGUUGCUUCUGAAGCUGCCAGAUGACAAAGCCCCUUUGGUGUACUGUCUUCGCGGGCUGAGUCUACCACCACAAGUUCUCCAAAGGAUUACACGUCAAUUCCCGGCAAAGACAAAGUACACCGAAUUGUUACCUGUCUACAAUUGGCUGAGCAGCCAGCAACGAUUUGAAUGCAAAAUUGAGAAUACGAAUGGCAACGUGCUCGCAGAGAACGUCAAUGUAUACACUUUUGUCGGCAACAGCAAGAUAGACGUACCGGCGAACGGCCAGCGAGAUUAUCGCGCGGAGUUUUACUCCUACAAAGAGUCGAGAUAUAACUUUAAGGUAAUAUUCACUAAUGAAGAGGGCGAAUAUCAAUUUUACGAACUGCAAUACGAUAUUACAAGACCACAAGAGAUCGAAUCGAUUAAGCUGGUCACUGCAGUACGAUCGCCGAUGUGCCAUGCUUUGAGGCUCGAUAAUCCACUUAAGGAGCAGUAUGUAACUUACACGGCAAAAUGUCAGCAUCCCUGCAUCACGAUCCACGAUGUACCAAAGCUCGUGGCACCCUCACAGAGCGAAACUAUCGGUGUCGAGUAUCAUCCUUUACACCCCGCCGAGGAAAUGGCAGUAAGCUUGGACGUCAGCUGCAAGGAGCUCGGACUGUUUCCUUACGAACUACGAUUGCGAGCGAUACCAGCAUCCGCGGAAAACACGACGCACGUCGUCGCGGUGCUCGGCGGUUCCAUCACCUUCUCUCUGACCAUAAGCAAUCACACCCGGCAGGCUGCGGUGUUCGCCAUCAACGUGAAUAACGAGAGCUUCACGACUCCGGAGAACGUCGAGGUGCCAGCUUUGAAGAGCGCAGCGUUCGAUGUAACUUACGAGCCCUGCGACGUCGACAACAUCUCCGCCACUUUGACAGCCACAUCCGAGACCGCCGGCGAAUUUGUAUUUCCUCUUAUCGGCACGUAUUCGUUACCGAAACCUCAAGGACCGUACACGGUUACCGUCGACGCGCCGGCUUCUAUACCAUUCAAGAACAUAUUUAGAGAAACUAAGUCUUUCGAGCUUAUCUUGGACAAUCCCGAAGCCUUCGUAACGACAACAUCGUUGGACAAGAUUAAAGCGAAACAGGUGGUUUCUAUCGUCGCUCGCCUGAAAGAUACGUCAAGCGGAAAGGGAGAACCGGAAGACGAUUAUCCAGUAACCGGAAAACUAGUGGUGUACAGCACAGACGCCAAGAUUUCCCACGUCAAUUGGAUUUAUUAUUUAAGAGGCGUACGCGAGUAAUAAAACGUGUUCGAUAUCUAACGAGAUAUCGCUUUAUCGCAGCUCGCGAUAUAAAAUUGUUCCGAUUGCAAAUGAUAAUUAUAUCAUCGAGAGGAAUAAAUACGCGCUUCUGUCUGCACUCCGUGUGUGCGUGGUCAUGCAAAAGAGAUAUAAGAAUAGAGUGCGCGAGUCAUGUGCUAUCGCGUAAGCGGCUACGAUAUAGGCCGAUAUUCAUAGUCGAUUCUUAUUGUCGUCUUAAGAGGCUAGUGCUCUCUGUGAUUGGUUAACAACACAUUAAGAGUAUACUUAACAUGAUCUUAAAUAUAAGAACGGACUAUAAAUACCGGCCCUAGGUAUAGAAAAGGAGCGCUGCAUGUAGGCAGCUUCUAUCCUCCUCAGUCGCGCAUGCAUGCGCCUUCCCAAGGAGAAGAAAAAGUCAGUUUGAUGUGGCAUGAUGUCAAUUUCAUGCCAUAUUGACCAAAUUUAUGUCAAAUUUUGCUCCAAACCCAUACAGCGCCAAGGCUUUCAGAAACAUUUCAGAAAACAUUGUU